AAAGGAGGUGACUUUUGCGUUCCCCAGCUUGAAUACAGGAUACCCAUACACGAGGGCAUGCUUGUGGCAUGCCUCACAAGGUGCUUGCCUCACUGCGCAACACCAGUGUCGAGGGCCGCUUGUCCUUGUGCAAUCGCUUCGUCGAGUCGUCCCUCUCGUUUUGAUUCGGUGCAGUGA